CUAUCUUGACAUACGAUGUACAACACUUAACCACCAAAAUCCAAAGUAAACUAGCCGGCAUUGUUUGUGCGCUUUAUUUUUGCAGAAAACCAUUGAAAAACAGAUAAAAUCAUGAAAUUAGUGAGAUUCCUUAUGAAGUUAAGUCAUGAGACUGUGACUAUUGAGCUAAAGAAUGGCACCCAAAUACACGGCACUAUUACCGGCGUGGAUGUGGCCAUGAACACCCACCUGAAGAGCGUCCGGAUGACCAUCAAGAACCGUGAUCCCGUCCACCUGGAGACGCUGAGCAUUCGCGGCAACAACAUCAGAUACUUUAUACUGCCAGACAGCCUGCCGCUGGAGACGCUAUUGAUCGAUGACACUCCCAAAUCAAAGACAAAAAAGAAGGACAGCGGUCGCGUUGGCAAUCGCGGCAGGGGAAGAGGUGCACGUGGACGCGGCGGACCACGGGGUCGCGGAAGGGGCCGUGCCUCGGGCAGGCGUUAAUUUUUGUAACUGGUACACUUAAUAACAACAAAAUAUUCGAUUAA